CAUUGAAAUCUUAUGUGUACAUUGUUGGCCUUUUUGUUGUUUACAUAGUUCAGUAAUGUAUUAGCUUUAAAUUUUUCUUGAGUAUGCCCAAUGGUACUCCAUUUUCUUUCUCUAAUGCAUUUGUUGCUAUAGUUACUGUUUAUGCAUGUUGUCAUGGCAACCAGACACAUGACUUGCAACUUAAGUAUUGUGGGAGAAAAGGACUUUUUGUUUCUGACAGAAUUCUUGCCAGAAAUGACACUAGAGUAUAAAACAGCAGAUAAAUUUAGUAAGAUAUGUAAGAAUGCUGCUCUUAGUAUCCGUGUUAUACACGAGUUACUGCCCAGUCGUCCUUCCAAACCAGCAGAUGGGGACGAGGCUGAUGUGGCUGAAAAUGGAAAUAACAAAUAUAUUCAAGAUCUUGCACUCAAAAAGUUACAUGACGAUCUUGGAUACAUAGAAAAGAUUCUGUUUGACUUAGCAGAUGAACUGGCAGAAAAACAAGCCUUCACAUGUCUGGAGAAAUGUAUUUCAUUUGAAAAAGAAGAUCACAAGAAAAAGGCUGAAUUCAUUGCUUUGCUUCAGGGACAUAAAUGGAAAGCCAAGCAUUUUCAGAAGAGUAGCAAAGUGCAUGGCCUUCAAAAAGAUAUAAAAAAUGUUAAGCAAGACACUCAGAAGUUAAUCCAAGCAAAGGACCAAGAAAUUGCAGAUCUUUUAAAGGGCAUCAGUGAUGCAAAACGACUAAAUCCUAAAAGAGAAGCAUAUGAGAGAAAAGUGGCCAAAGUUCAAAUAGAGAAUCUUCAGUUUAGAAUAGAGCAAGAAGAACAGAAUAUAUGUAAGGAAAUUGCCAAGGUAGGCCGUGAAAUUCCCCAAGAAAUACGUGUUCACGAUGCAUUGACGGCUUUUUUGAAGGAAAGUUGUGCUAAGUUGGAGAAUAGAAUAUUGGAAUGGGAGGAGAAAUUUCAAGUAGAUACUCAGAAAAAGAGGGACGAGGUAGCCAAAUGGCAAACAGAGGUCGAAAACAAGCAGCAUAAUCUCAGUGAAGUGAUACAGAAAUAUGACGAGUACUGGGCAGUAGUAAGGGAUUAUGAGGUUCAACAGGAGAUAGAGCGCCAGAAAAAGGAAGAAGAAGCACUGCAUCACAGAGCCGCUGCGAGGAUACAAGCCUGGUGGAAGGGUUGUCUGGUCAGGCGUGGAAUGAGCUCUGGAAUGAAGAAGAAAAAUAAGAGAAAUAAACAAGUGAAAAAGUAAUGUUAACAGGAAAAAUAUGAACCCCAACUGACAACAAAUGAAUUAAGUUUUGUUUAAAUAUUUUCUUGAUAAAUUAUAUCAUUACACUGUUGGGUGAAUUUGAAUUAUCUUAAGAUAAGCUACUGAUAAUUUACCGAGUGUUAAAAUAAAGGAAUUACAGUAUCUAACUUUAAAUACUUGUUCAAGUUGGUAACCUAUCAUAAUUGCUUUGAUAUUGGUGGUAAAUAAUGUUCUCAAAGGACAAGUAUAUACCAUGGCCAAACUUAAUUAAACUAACUAAACCAAACUUAAACUUAUUCUCAUAUAACAAGGAGAUCUAUAAUGCAAAAGGUGCUUGCUAGAACAGUCCAUUACACACAUCACUGGCAUAUGCACAGUCACCUCUUCUAUAGUAGCGGUAACAUUACUCGAUGUGAUGCUGACAUAAAUAACUUACCACCGAGGAGUUGGAGGUUAAGUCCAACCACAAAAAGUUAGCCAUUUGUAACGUUAAUAUACCGUCACAAAAUGUCAUCUUGUCUGCACAUUCUGACACAUACAACGACAAUGGUGAGUUGUAAGGCUGUGAGUAUUUAUAUUCCCUCUUUCAUUCUUACAUUUCACAUACGCUAUUUAAAAUUUAGGUACACAAAACCCAGAAAAAUAUAUAGUAUAAAAAUACACUUGAAACACGAAAGGGAACACCAAAUAAACGGCACGGAUAUUUUGAAUGGGACUCAAAAAAAACACCAUGGUGUGUACAUUACAUUUAUUUUACAAACACGUGAAAUGAGACGUAAUAUAACAGGGAAUAAAUUUAUCAACUUCACCAGAUAAUCGGACCAUUCUCAAAUGACAGCGAUAAAACCGAGGCAAAUACGUCAACAGUGAGGUGGACACCUCGCACACACCUCCACUUUUGUGGGGAUAUGCUACACAAAAAAAGUAUCGGAAAUAUGCGUUACAAACACAAACAAACAUUCUCUCAUGAACAUCCUUGCAAACGCUAAUAACUGAAACAUAAAAAUUAACAUUGACAAAAAUAAAAUAAACCGAUGUUUAAAUAAAAAAUUUAGAUUAAUAUGAAUUACAUUAUAUACCAGUUAUUAGAGAGUAACUUUACAGUUCUUCAUAUAUAAGUUUUUUACAGUACCAUGCUAUACCUAUUAUAAACUACUGUAUAGUAUGUUCAUAUAUUUUAUUCAGAUAGCAGAGGAAAAGGAAACCUUUGGAUAUCACAUAUCCUGGUUUUUCCAAUAUAUAAAGUUUACUUAAUUCUGGAAGAAUGUAUUUUGCCUGAGGUGUUCCACACGUACAUCCCUGGAUUUUUGCAGAUCAAUAGCCAAUUAUACUAAUUUCAUGUAUACAAAUUGGUAGUUUUACCUAAAUAUGCUUGGCCACAUGAUAACCAUUUAUAUGAUGGUUCAGGCUAGUGGCGUAAACAGAUUGAGGAAGCCAGUGGCUUGCCAAAGGUCUCCCCAUUAUUCUAGAGGGUUUUUUUCUGCAAAAUUUUAAACUCGAGUAAUGCCUUGAUAUUUACGACUUCACCUGGUAGGCAAUUCCUAGCAUUAUUACCCUAUGGGUGAAAAGACAUUUCCUCUUUUCUCUCCUACAUUGUGGCUUAUUGAGUUUGAAGCCACUGUUUGUGGUAUACCCCUCAUUUAAUCACUGUAUAGCAGUUAAUAGUUGCACUUUCUUUUAAUUGCAUUAAUUCUAAUAUUUUGUGACUGCAAUCAAUGUUGGUCUUCAGAUGUACUGUCCGUCACAACAUAUUUGGUGACCCAUUAUUCAGUACAGCACUGUAGUAAAGCCACAGGCCAUGGACUUAUUCAGAAUUAAUCUGUCAGUCAACCAUCUUGUCCUCCAGACUCGGGCAUAAUCCAGACACAUUUCUUACAUAAAGUUGCAAUGGUACAACACUCGCCUGGCACUUCACGGGCACUUUGGCCUGGGUUUGUAUCCUGGCCGGGAAGGAUUGACUGGGAACCAAUCCUUAACUGUAACCUCUGUCCACCCAGAAGUGAAUGUAUGCCUGGUUGUUAAACGAUUUGUCAGGUCAUAUUCCAGGGAAAAUUUGGAUUAAGGACCUGCCAGAAAUGCUAUGCUUGUUAGCGGCUUUACAAGAAUGUAAGAACUUAUUUAGGAUGAGGAAAUGAGAGAGAAAUUUGUCAAGUGAUGCUAAUCACAUAUCUCUUAGGUUCUCUUUUUAACUGGGGGAAGAGAAGUACAACUUUUAAUCCUAUUUGAGAGGUCAUUUCACAAUUUAGGACCUUUAUGCAUGUAAUUUCUGCUUGCAUUGCAUAUUAUUGAAUUCAU